AGUCUACUUCAUCUUGCAACAUUUAUGAAACGAAUUGAUGUCGUAGAACUACUCCUAAAAAGAAAAGCUGAUGUUAGCUUAGUUGACGCAGAAGGAAAUACAGCUUUACAUCUUGCAGUUUCCUGUGGAUCUCUACCUGUUACUGUCAUUUUGGUAGAGCAUGGAUCGAGUCUUGAAGCUAGAAAUACUAAGGGUAAUACAGCCUAUGUUGAAGCUAAAGCUGAAGAUAAAAACAGACAGAAAAAACGCAAAAGAAUAGGUCACUAUGAAGGGGUAAUAGUUGGUCACAUAGAUUUCUUUAAAGACAAUUACACUUCUGACCUAUGA